AACACAAUUGUCAAAAGUAGCAGUGGGCAGUGCAUACCAGGCCAUCACCCUCGCAAACCUCUUCUUUCACUUUCCAAUGGCCAAUUUUCUCCGCAAACCUUCUCUACUACGUCUCUAUGCUCAAGACCUCCGGAAUUUCGCACACAACAAAACCACUAUUGGCCUCAAUUUCCUUUCUUCUCUCUCUCAAUCCCCUCAAUCAACCAACCAUCGGACACUCGAUUACCUAAUCCACACCAUCGGCCUCUCCAAGGAUUCAGCUCUCGCCGCUGCCAAGAAAAUCCAUCUCAAACCAUCCUCGGAUCCCGACUCUGUUCUUGCUCUCUUUAACGCCUAUGGAUUCACGCCCUCCCAGACCGCCAACAUCUUUUGCAGACAACCCAGACUCCUUCUUGCUGAUCCGGACAAAACACUCAAGCCCAAGUUCGAGUUUCUCUCCAAAAACGGCAUAUCUGGUAACUUUCUCGUCGACUUAAUCUGUAGGGAGCCACAUAUUCUUCGAAGGAGCCUGGACAAGAAGAUUGUUCCAUGUUUUGAUUUUCUAAUAAAUUUCUUUGGGUCUACUGAUUGUAUUGUUUCGUUAUUUUGUACUACACAUAGGACUCGUGUUUUGCACACGUUUUCUGAAUUUAUGGCUCCUAAUAUCGAAGUAUUGAGAGCUAAUGGGGUGCCCGAUUCGAGCAUUGCUAAACUGUUUUGGAAGCGCCCAGUUGCACUGUCCAGGGAUGUGAAAUGGUUUACUGACAUUGUCGAGAAGACGAAGGAAAGGGGGUUCAAUCCUUCGAGUUUGAUGUUUAUUAAUGGGCUGUGUAUAGUUUCAUCGAUGAGCAAGGACAGAUGGUUAUCGAAACUGCAUAUUUUUAGAAGUUAUGGGUGGUCAGAUGAGCAGUUUCAAUCUAUGUUUCUCAAGCAACCUUGUUUCAUGAAUAGGUCCGAGGAGGGUUUAAAAAGGGCAUUGGAUUUCUUUAUGAACAAAUGGGACUGGACACGGGAAGAAAUUUACAGAUACCCAAUUGUGCUCAUUCUUAGUUUUGAAAAGAGGGUGAUGCCUAGGUCGUCUAUCCUUCAGCACCUCAUAUCAAAAGGUUUAAUCAAGAGGAAGAGUCUUGGCAUGGCAUUGAAAAUUUCCGAGCACGAGUUCUUGGAGAAGUUUGUUAUGCAGUAUCUUUCAGAAGAUCCCCAUCUAUUAGAGAUGUACCAGGAGAAGAAGAAGAUUGCGAUAUAACGAAAACUUUCUGCUUCACUUCAAGCAAUUUGUCUAUUCUGCUACUAACUCUGCACUUCAUAUUAUGAGGUAAACUCGUAGGUUUGUGUGCAAUGGUUGUGAAAUUUCUCACAUCUUAGAACUUUGUAUUUUGAUCUCUUAGGAAUGUACCAACUUGCAUGAGACUGCGCCAAGAGAAGUAACUAAUUCUGAUGCUUAAUUUUAAAGAUUGAUUGGUAUUCUCAUUGAUGAUUGUGGAGUUCAUCUUCCAUUUACCAUUUAGAGAGAACGGUUGUUGCCUUUUGUUC